AUGUCGGACACAUAUCAUAUGGUAUCUGAACUAAAAAAAGAGUCCAUUGAGGCUACAAAAACUUUUACACGUCAUGAGAAGCGUUUGAAAAGUACACGCAGAGAAAAAAUUACCGAUGUUUCUCAACUCAAACCUGGCGAUCAUGUCAGUUUUUAUAGAAGUGAUUUCUACUAUGCACACCAUGGUAUUGUACGUGAAGCUAGUACCAAUCAUCUUCGUAUUAUACAUUAUUACAAUACAGCAGCAAAUGUAUGGAAUUCAUUGGUUAAAGGUUCAUUAUAUCUUGCUGAAGUUGUUGAAAGUGAAUGGGAUUUAAAAAUGGAUAGUGAUAGUGAAGAAAUUUAUUUACAUCACUAUGAUGAUAUAGAAUGUUUUUCGAAUGAAGAAACUCUUGAACGAGCUAUUACCAAUCUUGGAAAACGUGGCUAUUCAUUAUUUAGUAAUAAUUGCGAACAUUGGGCACGAUGGUGUCGAACAGGUGAUUCCUAUUCAGAACAAAUUAUCCGAUUUCGUAAUUUUGUUAAAGAAAAAGCCGCUACACUUUUAAUUGUUGAUCCUACUGCACUACUUGUUAAAGAUAUAGCUGUUGUUGGUAUGCAAAAUCUUGGCAAAUUUCUUGGUGCCGUUGGAUCGGGUGUAGUUCUUACGAGUGUCGAGAGUAUUUCAACAUUCAUCGAUAUAAAAAGAAAAGAAAGUCAACGACGACAAGGUGGCUUGAGUGAGAUGGCUUUCAAAAAAUAUGUCGUACUUAGAAUCACAUCAGCAUGCGGCACUGUCAUCGGAGGAACUGCAGGUACUAUUGUCGGAACUGUUCUAAUUCCUGUACCCAUUCUUGGCUCAGUUAUCGGUGGUGUAAUCGGUAGUGUAAGCGGAAAACUUCUCAGUGGCCUAUCGGGUAUUGCCGUGUCAAAAGUUGUUGCAGUACACGAGAAACAGAAGCAAACAAAGAUAGACGAGAUGAAAACUGUGUCACAACUAAUGGAUCAAUUAUCGCAGCAUGCCAAAAUUUUCCACGAUUUAGUGACACUAACACUCGAUCCUGAAAAAGAAGCACAAGUAGAAACCAUUGUUAAAGAAGCAACAGAACCUGACUCACCACAAUCGUCACCAUCACUCUAUCCAUUUUUUGAACAACUAAUACGCCAUUAUUCGAUUUUGACAUACCAAGAUUGUCAAAUGGCUACUGAACUCUCGAAGAGUGCGUUUUCGAACACAAAUGAUUCAGAAUAUUUUAUACUCCAACCAAUACCCGACGAAAAUUCACCUGAAGAAUUUGCAUCUGCAGUCGAUUUGCUUGUACUUCGAUGGCCGGCGGAGAAAUCUCACCCAUGGGAAAGUGGUGAAGAGCAAGUGCUUGAUAUUAAUGACUUGAAUGCAGCAAAUGAAUCAGUCCAAUAG